AUGGCAGCCCACACCUGUCCAUUCUGCGACAAGGAGUAUCACUACAUGCAGCCCUUCAUGAAGCAUUUAUAUCAGACACACCCUUUAUCGGAGGCCGCGGAGAGCAGUAACGCUUUUAAGAGUAAGAAGGACAAGUCGGAUCCCAAGCACGGCGCGACAAACAAGACCCGCGAGGAAGAGCGUCGUUAUAUAGUCAAGAUCGCUGAGGCGAGCACUGGCAAGUCGGCAGAGCCCAACUCGUCGUCUUUCGACGAAGUGGUCGACCUCCGCAGUCCUAGUGGAUCACCUUCGCCAUCACCACCUCCAACCGGUUGGUCAAGCAAUCAGACCGGCAACGACGACCCCCGCGAGCAGCAGUCCCUGCUGCCACAGCGCCGCCCAGCCUGGGCGACCGAUGGCACUACUCCUGCAGCGUCGCCGCCGGCAAUGAAGGAAAAGGCGGCUGAAGGCAAGGGCAAGGCAAAGGAGCGUCGCCAUAACUUGCCGGAUGUGCCAGCCAAGGCGCGCGGGCGUGGGAAGAACACGCCCGCCGUGGAGCUCCCAUUUCUCAGUGACUCGGAUGAGGACGAGCUGGAGAGUGUCACUGUGCGCAAGUUCUUGUCAGCCAACCCCGAUCUCAACAAGAACUCCAAGCGUCCGUCAUCACCUACACUUGAGCGCAACUCUUUGCGCUCCCCCAAGGUCAUCAAGCUGGGCCGUCAUGCGAACGCGACUGAGCCUGCCCGCGAGUCCGAGCUUGAUCGCGGCGACCUGCUGCUCAGCGAGAGAGCCGUGUCGGACCUUGUCCGCGACAAGAAGGCCGCUGAAGGUUCUCGCCCCGACCCCGAGACGAGUGACAGUGAUAGUGACGAUGACUCGGACGAAGACGACGAGGCCGCAGAGGCCGGCAACAGCAGCUUCCUCCCGUUCGUGGCCAGCUUGCCCAGCCCGGACGAAUCCGAUGUUUCACUCGUUCCGAGCCGCUCUGCAUCCCCAGCUGGGUCAUCGGAGUCGGAGGACGAUGACGACGACAAGCCUGUCAACGACGGCAAGUAUGACCACGCCAAGGCUGCGUCCGUGCCCAACUCGGUGACAAACACUCCUACGCCGACGCCCCAGCGCGACCAGUUCGAGAGGUUCAUGAACCACGCACUGCGUAACAAGGCGCGUGCCGAGGGCCACCCAUCCGUGGAGCCGGACAAGGUUGCGAGCUCGAGCACUCUGCCAUCCGCCCCCUCGCCGUUCGCGUCUACGACGCCGGCUGUCCAGCCGAAGGGCAAGGCGCGCGCCACCAAGCACAGCGCACACGAGAAGAACCCCCAGCUCACUAGCACACCGUUCGGCGCAGCGCCGACCCCGCACAACAGUUCCUCGCCUCUCGUUGGCCAGGCUGCCCUCCCUACUAUGCCGCCUCCGCCCCAGUGCGACGCCCUGGCCUGCCCGUCGUGCCAUGCCAUGGCGCACGCCUUCCAUGUCUUCCACACCACCCAUUCCCAGUGGCACUGCGAUGCUGGUCCGUAA